AAACCUUCUACCUCACCUGUGACCCCAAACCUCUCCAACAAUCUUUCUACGAUACCUUCGAUGACAAUGUGUGUGGCCUAAAUUCAAUGUUUGCAAAAUCCAUGGACCUAAAAGAAGGUGAUGCAAUAGUUUGUUCCUUAAUUUCACACUCGGGCAGUUUGAAAUCUAUUCACAUUGUUCCAUCGAGUGAUGAAGAUUGGAUCUUGUUGGAAUCUAAUGCUAAUAAAGUGCAGAAUGUUUUUAUGGAUCAAAUACGUGUCGUUUGUGAUAAGCAGAUAUUGACUUUGUGGUGCUCGAAGACGUUGUGUAUUAAAUUUGAAGUCGUAAAUCUAGAACCAAAUUUACCAAUGGGCUAUUUAGAAAACGACACCCAAGUCAUAGUUUUACAUCCCGAAGACAAAAUAAAUUUCCAAAAACCCUCCGACGCCUCUUGGACAUUAACAGACUUUUUAAAAAACCAAUUCAGCAAAAAAACUGACAAUUUGGAGCCCAAAAACGACGAAAACAUAUUACAAGAAUUAGAAAUCUUAUUCAAAAAAUUUAAUAUACGCAAAUACGAUGUAUACAGAACUAUACCGAUGAAAUUUUUGCAAAAUGAGAUUUUAGAAAAUGAUUAUUUUGUUGGUGUUGAUAAAAAUUAUUUGCCCCAAAAUCAUAAACCAAGUUGUGUUUAUGAAAUGCAAAAAGUUUCUGCGUGUCAGAAGUAUUUAAAAAAAGAUGAAGGGGGUAAUAGUUAUAAAUUGUAUGUAAAGUUAUGUACAUAUAAUUUUGAUAAUUUGCAAAACCACAAACAAACUUUGGUUUGUUCCAAAGCUUUAUGCAAAACUUUGAAUCUAAAUUUGGGCGAUCACGUAAUUCUGCAACCUGUAAAAGAAUUACAAGAAUUAGAAGCCAUUGAGUUGAAUUUUGGUGUAAAAUACCAAAAUUACAACACCUUUGAUUUGAUAGAUUUAUUUAAAAAUUAUGUCGUGCAGAAAAGUACUGAUUUCAAAAUAUUGAUCCCCAAUAAAAUUAAAUUAACAUUAUCUGAAGAUUAUUUUGUUGAAGUACGUUUAAAACCUGAAGAACUUAUGUAUGCUGAAUUGAAUGCUGAUUGCUUUAGCAAAACCAGUAUAAAUGCUGUUUUUGAAAAUUUUGAAACUUCAAAUGAUGACUAUAAGUUUAAUGAAUACAAUUUUGGCGUUGACAAACACUGUCAAAGCAUCCAAGGCUUUACACAAAUUGUUGACGAAUGUGUAGAAAGCAUUAGUAAAGACUUUCAACACCAGGCUGUUGCACACAAUAUAAUAAUCGAAGGUUCUGAAGGAACAGGCAAGUCAUCGAUUACCAAAUCCAUUUGCCAACGUUUGUCCCAAAGUCCAUUUUUCUAUCAUGUGAAAACUCUCCAAUGCAAAAAUUUAAAAGGAAGAAGAUGCGAAACUGUUCUGAAUGAAAUAGGAAGUGUUUUAUAUGAAACUUUGCAGAGAAGUCCUUCUGUGCUUGUUUUUGAUGAUUUGGAACAACUUUUGAAAGUCGUGGAACCCGAAAGAGAUGCUCCUGAUGCUAUUUUGAUGCACAACAGAAUAUCAGACAUGUUCUACAACCUAAUAUCAUUAUGCCAAAAACAUCACCAGAUUUGCAUAAUAGCAACUUGCCAAUCGACAAGACUUUUAAAUUCCCGAAUUUAUGCAGCGAGAGGAAUGCAUUUAUUUUCGGAAAUAUAUAAAAUUCCAGACCUGGAUAAAGAAAACAGGAUCAAACUUAUGCAACAUUUGUUGAAACAAGAAGCAUAUUUAGAACCAAAUUUAAAUUGGCCUUUGUACAGUGAAAUUUCUGAAGGCUAUGUUAUGCAAGAUUUUGUUGAUUUUGCACAACGAGCAAGUUUCCAUGCUUGGAAAAAUAAAUCUAAAUCGAAUAAUUCUGCCGUGGCUCAUUUAUUGACAAUAAGUGAUGAAAUGGUUCUAAAAGCUUUGUCUGAUACUCGUCCAAUUGGUAUAAUGACAUCAGAUACUGAGACAAAUCAGCAGAAGUCUUUGGAGGAUUUAAGUGAUACUUGGAAUUCUGUUGGAGGCUUGUCGGAGGUCAAGGAACAACUUUUGGAGCUUGUUAAGUGGCCUAGCUUGUAUCCAAAAAUAUUCGUAAAUGCCCCGAUUACUUUGUCCAGAGGAGUACUUUUGUAUGGACCUCCUGGUUGUGGAAAAACUUUAUUAGGAACAAUUAUAGCAAAGUAUUGUAAAUUAAGGUUGAUUCGUGUUCGUGGUCCUGAACUUUUAGGAAAAUAUGCUGGUGAAAGCGAAAGACAAGUCAGAGAAGUAUUUAAAAGAGCCCAAAGUGCAAGGCCGUGUAUUCUCUUCUUCGAUGAGUUCGACAGUCUUGCACCAAGACGUGGUCAUGACACUUCUGGUGUCUCUGAUAGAGUUGUAAAUCAAUUAUUGACCGAAUUAGACGGUUGUGAAGCCCGAGAUGUAACUGGUGGUGUUUUUAUAUUAGCUGCUACGAGUCGACCUGAUCUUAUAGAUCCGGCUUUAUUAAGACCAGGACGAUUAGAUCCACAAUUUUUAUGUCCAAUUCCGGACACUGAUGGAAGAUUUGAUAUUUUGAAAUCGUUGACUACAUUCAAUAAAAAAUUACAAUUAAAAAGUGAUGAAAAUUCAGCAGAAAAUAUUCUACAAGACGUUGCAAAACAUUCCGAUGGUUUUACAGGAGCAGAUUUAAGUGCUCUUUUGUGCAAAGCUAAAGAAUUUGCAAUGGAAAAUAAUGAUGAUAAGAUUUCUAAAGAUAAUCUUGUAGAAGCUUUGAAAAAUUCAAGACCAUCUUUAUCUUUACAAGAGCGACAGAAGUAUGAUGCAAUCCACAAUCGCUUCUCCAAUACUUCACUACCUGAAACCGGUACUGUAGUUUUAACGAAACGUGCUACUAUGGCCUAA